AUUCAACCCACAGCGCAGCAAGAAGUUGAGCUCUGUUUCCACUCGACUGGUGUAUGAGAUCUCAAAAGCAAUCCACUCAGAGUACAGAAAUGCUGAAGGCAGAAACUAUGAAGUCCUUAUUUGGCCUCUUGGUGUUGGUGUUGGCGUUGGUGAAGGUGCAUCCUGCUGCAGCCAUGGAUGUGCAGUUCCAUGUUCUACCUGGCUGUACUGGUGGCCUGGGUGUGACAUGCACCAACCUCACUGCAGGCACCUGCUGCUCUAAUGUUGCCCCUACACUCCUGUCGUCGGUGCAGUUUACAUACGACGCCCCUAUGACCUGUUACAGCGACGUUGUCUAUAAAGGCGGCCAAUGCACCACCCAAGCAGGCACAUCCGCGGGCAACGCUUGCCUCAAUGGAGCCUUUACAGGUGCCAAAUGGUUGAAUACCUGUCGCAGGCGUCGCGCGCUUCUGGGCGAUGGCCCUGAAGAGACGUCGACUAAGUGCACAAGUCUGAGCAAGCCCAAUACUCUAUUCUACAAAGACCAUGAAUCCAAAGGCACUUAUGUUAUCAAGAUGUCAGACGUUACCGAUCUCUUGUUGGCUCUUCAAGGUGUGCCUGAUGCGGAGAAAGUCGCCUGGCUGACAGCACAAGGAGCAAUUUACGAGUCCAUGACACAGGUCGAGAACUGAACGUGCGCGACAGUUCUGCGUUGGUGCCAUCAGCUCGAACUAUGUACUCUCCACCGAAAUAAAGCCCUGCAGCUUAAGGCCUGAAAAAAGGGUGACCCGAUUGUGUAUAGAUCUCGAUCCAUUCUAAUGAUAUUAGAAAGUCAAGAUCUAGAAAAUGUAUGUCACUUAGAUGACGGCAAUAAUUUUGAAGAAAGAAGCGCUUCGAUUGAAUCGUCGAAGGCGCAACACAGUUCUGCUUAGGUGGCAUUAGCUUGCACUGUGUUUUCUCCAUCGAAAUAAAGGCUUGCAUCUUUAGCCGUG